AUGGAUUUGUCUAUCUCACAAGCUCACGCUAACUGCGUUUCUGUUUUCCUCACGCUCAUCGAAGCAUCCCACUCCCCCUCUCACAAGGAACUUCUGAAUGAGGCGCAGGAUGUCUUCGAUAGAUACAAGCUUUGGGCAGGAAACGUCGGCGCUAUACAUGGUGCUAAUAAGUACAAACUAUCUCUUGAUUACCGGUUGAGAGAAGCGUCUUUUUACAAAAGUCAGGUAUUGAAUUUGAUGCAGGACCUGCAAAGUUGUUUGAACAAAGCCUUGUUCAUCUUCCGGAAAGAGCAUGGAGCGGCUCUCUAUCACUCAAAUGAAGAUUCCGAGCCGUCAAGUGCGAAUACGGACGAAUCAGACGAGUCUGAUUCCCCAUGGGAAGUUUCUUCUGACUCUGAGGUGGAGCAGCAACCAGAACAGAAGCUGCGUCGAAAAGAUGCAGAUCGGAAAAGUGGUCGGCCUCAAUAUCCAGCGAAGCCAGGGCUGCUGGACUCCACCGAUUUCAUUGUUGAAUGUCUUUGGAGGCUUCCCAUCCGACGUCCCGCGCCAGCCGAUCGUAUGAAGGACAAAACAGUUGCUGAUAUAACCGGAUACUUGCCAUUUGACCUCAUUUACGUAAGAGAUAAGUUCCCCGGCCUUAACGAGACAGUCGCUGCACGCCUGGCGAAGAUGAUAUCGAGGCGCAGGCAACUGAUACGGUAUCGCAAAGACCACACCGAUGGCUUACAAGUGGAAGAAGCUGCAGUGGUUGAUGUCCCCAAAUCUGAAAAUAACAAUAUACCCUCCCCUCUUGAAGCCGAUAUGGCCAGCGAGCCAGCGCCCAGUUUGAAGGCCCCAAGUCAACGUACAGAGCUUACGAAAGCGACAACCUUAAGAAUCAACGCUCCCAUGGCGACACUUUUGCCAACGACUGGACUUUAUGCUCAGUCAGUAUCCGAGUCCGGGUCUUCCAUUGCAUCUGAGCAGACAGCAAAUGCGAUUACGAUCAGGUUUCCAAAUCGACCCAGGACAAAAGAAGGACGAGUUCUGGAACGGUACAUAUGUCCUUACUGUUCCACUGCCCAAAUAACUACAUCGGAACGUAGAUGGAAAAAGCAUGUCUUAUCAGACCUUCAGCCAUACAUAUGCACCUACCCAGACUGCCAACUCAACGACUACUUCUUCGAGAACAAGGACGACUGGUAUAACCAUGAGUCACGUACGCACCGCGUUGAGUGGUUCUGCAACACGGCGUCUCACAAGUCUUUUGUCGAUAUGCAAGAAUUCCUGGAUCACAUGCACACAGUUCAUUCAGAACCUCUUGAGGGAGCGCAGCUUCUGAGUCUUCAUCGUGGCUUUCAGCGACCUUCAAAUGCGCAUUCGGGAACCUGUACAUUGUGUGGUCAACAUGCAAACAAACUAAAGUCUCAUCUUGCACGGCAUUUAGAACAACUCGCCUUGUUUGCAAUCCCUCAAACAGAUUAUAUGGCUGAUCUGGAGGAAGAUGACACAUCAUCGAACGCUGCACGGCAAGGUGUUCCAGCUCCAUCUAGUCUGGAAUCAGCGAGGAAAGCAUCAGAAACUUCGAGUCUUGAGCCCAGUUCUGGAGUGCCUAGCGUUAGUAUUGAAUAUGGGAACCCACUUAUAGAGAACACGGAAACUGCGCAACGACACGAAUCGUACUACAAGGAAAUACCGGAAAACCUCGAAGAUGAUAUGGGAGAAGGGAUAGAUACUUCUUGGGACCAGAUCACGCCGAAGUUCAAGGAAGCCCGACAUGCAAUGUAUAACGAGCAUGAAGCAGGAGUCUCCGAGCCCUAUAAAACGCCCAGCGGCGUUUGGGGAGUAGCACCCAGCAAUGCUUCAACAACAAGUAUCCCGAGCGGAGGUGAAAUUGUUCAAUCGAAGUUCGCUCAGGCGCUCAAAACGCAGAGCGGACCUGCGUCCUCACUUGAAUCGAUCCAAAAACAACCUACUCUUCAGCGUCGCGAAGAAUCUCGCGGUGCACCAAAACCUCCCCCUCUGUCUCUUCGACAGCGAGCUGGCCGUUUUACCUCAAAUAUCCUCUCCCCUUUCCGUAGUCGAAAAGAAAGUCAGCCUGCAGAUGGGUUUUACCUACCGAAGGAGAGAUCUGCAUCGAUGGAAGCGUUGUACGAGCCUGAAUGGAGUCCAACAAUUGAAAUAAUAAGUAAAGCCAAAGCUCCUAUCAGCGAACUGUGGCCCGACACCACUCCUGCUGAGCUUUACAGCCCUCCACCCGAAGGCAGAGAAACUGUCGACUAUUUCGCCGCUAGUAGGACGCGACGCCAGGGUGCACCGCGCACGCCAAUUGCAGAACUCCCCGGUGAAGAUGCGAUAAGCUCCUUGCCCAAAAAGAACGAAGACCUGACGCCGAGGGAGGAUCUGGCGAGGAAGAGACGGCAUGAUACGUGA